UUUUCCUUACGGGCGGCGGCGUUGACGAAGCGGUUGGAGCAGGCGAAGGCGGAAGGGAAGAAAGCUGAGAAGGCGUUGAAGCAGGAGAUGAUCAACAACUUUCAGGAGGCGUAUCGGGCUCUGGAGGUUCCGGAGUUCCUGUUGGAGACGGCGAGGUCGUUGGGGAGGUUUGAUUUAUAUCUCUGUGGUGGUGGGUUCCGGGGCUGGGGCUACGUGCUCAUGAAUCAGCAUAAGGUGGAUCCUUAUCCGAUUCCCAUCAUUAAUGGGUUUCGAGUGCGCAGAGGAGACUUCCAUGAUACUGUGUCUGUUCUGGAUUCGGUCUCUGACUCGGAUGAGAAGAUAUUCGGCGUCUCGAAGCGACGGGCUUCACAGAUCCCCGCGGUGGCUGUCCUGGUCAAUGUGAUCAUGGACGCCUUGCCGGACAUUACACACAUCCAGUUCUGCCAGGGAGGCGUCCGGGAGGGUUUCCUUUUCGACCAGAUGCCCCAGGAGGUUCGCGCACAAGAUCCGCUUCUGGCGGCCAGUUUGCCGUAUGCAUCUCCAUCCAAUGCAGCCAUUCGAGGACUACUGGCUGCCGCGUUGCCUUCGACGUCUUCGCCUACGGAAUCUCGCCAUGCACCGGUUUCGUUCUCCCCUCAGUUACUUGGGGCGCUCGCAAACCUGCUUUUUGCUCAUUCCCGCGUGCCGCGCGAAUCGCGUUCGGCUGUUGCACUGCAUAGUACUACGACUGGCAUCCUGGCAUCCGUGAACACUCUAUCACAUGUCGAACGUGCCCUGAUUGCAUUGAUACUCUGCGAGCGCUGGGCAGGGGACCUGGCACCCACGGAUGAAGUAUUCCACCGGCAGCUGAGCCGCUGUGUUUCUAAGCAGGAGGCUUGGUGGUGUCAGUACUUGGGUCGGGUAGCGACCCUAAUUGGAGAUGUGCAUCCAUCCGGCCGCGUGUCGGGCACGCAUUGGAGGAUUCAACUGGCGACUGAAUGGGAAUCCGUUGUGAAGAAGAAAGACGAGUGCGAUCUGCUGCGUCUCAAAGUGAAAUGCAACAAUGCUGUUGCUGCUGCCGCCUUCUCGCUUGACAGCUUACAGGAAAGGGCGGAGAAAGUCGAGAAAGCCGGAAAGAAAAAGAACUGGCCGAAGGAUUAUGGAGUGCGAGUGGGGGUAACGAUUUGCUAG